AAAGCAGCACAAUCACAGCAGCCUCAGACAGCAUCAACAUGAACUGCAGCGUGCACCACAGAGUGCUGCUUAGUUACGGAAUGGAGAAGAGGCUAGAGCCAGUCACUCUGCAGCUCUUCUGGGACUUUGUCAAAGCAAAGGAGCAAUUGCUGAAGUCACCUUACUUUCCGGUGCUGUUUUCUUUUACAGUUUACAUGACUUUCUGUCUUCCUUACGUUGCACUGGACUUCUUAAGCACUAAAGUACCAGCUGUGAGAAAAUACAAAAUCCAGUCUCUGAGUUAUCCAACUCUAGGAAUGAUGGUACCUUGUAUGGUUCAAUGUGUCUAUCAUCACAUUGUCUUUAUCUUCCCAGUGACACUUGCUCAUUGGUACUGGAGACCAGUGGAUUUACCAGUAAUGGCUCCAGAGCUGCCGAGGGUCCUGUUGGAUGUAACUGUUUGCCUGCUUCUCUUUGACUUCCAGUAUUUUUUGUGGCAUUUGCUUCAUCAUAAGGUGCCUUGGCUCUACAAGACUUUUCACAAGGUUCAUCAUAAGCAUGUAUCUACGUUUGCUCUUACCACACAGUACUCAAGUGUUUGGGAGUUACUUUCACUGGGAUUUUUUGCUGCCAUAAAUCCGGUGUUGCUGAACUGCCAUCCUUUGACAGAAAUGAUUUUCUUCCUUGUUAAUAUCUGGCUGUCAGUGGAGGAUCAUUCAGGCUAUGAAUUUCCAUGGUCAACAAACAGACUGAUGCCAUUUGGCUUGUAUGGAGGAGCUCCGCAUCACGAUCUCCAUCACCUGAAGUUCAAAUGUAACUAUGCUCCUUACUUCACCCACUGGGACAGACUAUUUGGAACACUUGCUCAGGCACAUUCACAACGAUAACAGGGAAUUUGUCUGUUACCUAGCUAAUUUUGUACAGCUAAUAAAUUAAGAUUAUAUUUUUUUCAGAGCCACAGAAAUAUAUAGUUAUGGAAUAUAAGUACACUUCUACCUCGAUGUAACAUGACCCGAUAAAACACAAAUUUGGAUAU